CAAACCGAGACAGGAACUGACAUGAUCCUACCGGAAGAGUGCAUUUGGUAUGAAAAUACAUCUGCGCGGAAUUAUACAAUGAAACAUAGCUAGUAGCCCCAGUUUAUUUCUAAAUUCUUUCUUUUAACCACUGUUUAUAGAGAACUAUCAUCAUGGCCAAUUUUACUGAAGCGGAUUUACCACCAAAUCUGACUUGCCUCAAAAAUGUUGAUACCCUUCUCCGAUGUCCUAUUUGUUUUGAGUUCCUGAGUAUCGCAGUGAUGACAAAAUGCUCUCACAACUUCUGCUCUUUGUGCAUAAGAAGAUGUAUGUCCUACAAGUUGCAAUGUCCAGUGUGUAAUUCACCUACAACAGAACAGGACCUAAGAAACAACCGGAUACUGGAUGACCUGGUCACAAACUUUCAAACUGCAAGGCAGCAGUUGUCAAAAGCUAAUUUCGACUCACCUCCAUUAUCCCCGAAGACCCCAGCCUCUGCUGUCAAGUGUAAAACACACAGACAGACCAUGGGCCCCAAGAAGGAUGGCUCCAUCCUCAGUCACUUUUUCCAGAAGGGGCCAAUCACUUCCACAACAUCUCUCACUACAGAGGCCCUGCUAGCACAUCAUACACAAACUGUGAAAGUAGACCCUGGUCAUCAGGUCUCUGUGAACAAGGACCCCAUGGAGGAGGAGAUACCGGUGCUGGUGUCUGUGAAGAUUGAGAAGAUGGACAUCUCCAUGACAGGGCUGGCGUCUCUGGCUGACUCACCGUCCACAUCACAGGACAUGAAGCCUGUAGUUAAAGUGGAGUGUCCUGUGUGUUCUGUGGGCAUCUCUGAACAGCUCAUCAACAAGCACCUGGACACCUGUCUGACCCGAGGGGAGAAGAAGGAGAGCCUUAGGAGCUCCCUAGGUGCUAAGAGGAGGCCGAUGGGGAAGCUGGUGUACACGCUGCUGUCCGUGCAGGAACUGAAGAGGAGGCUGAAGGAGUGCCACCUCUCUGUCCAGGGUAACAAAGAUCAGCUGGUCAGGAGGCACCAGGACUUUGUACAUUUCUACAACGCCCAGUGUGACGCCCUGGAACCGAAAUCAGCCAAAGACAUUGCCAAUGAAGUGGAGGCCAACGAGAAGGCCAGGAACCGACUUCAGGGGAAAACCAAACGUGCCAUGGACUUCUCAAAGAAUCAAAGUGUGGGGAAGAUCGACGAGAUGCAGUCAACUUACAUCUUGGCCUGUCUGCUCCUCCCCCAUCUACUACAAGCAGAACAAGCAGGCCCGUUGCCCUGGCGACUCCAGAUUCCACACAGACACCGGAAGCAGCAUAACAGUGAGUUCUCCCGCCUUAUCGCCCAGGUCCGGGGUCGCCUGGAAAAGACCAGGAAGAGGGAGAUGAAACAGAAAGUGAGGCAUGAGGGAGUAGAGGAUGACCGGAGAGCGGGCUCCAGCUCUGCAGAUAAAGCAGCAGAACCGGAACAGAGGGAUCCCAGUCCCAGUGACUCAGAGGCCUUCUGCAUAUUGAUGACAUCACCAGUGCAGGAGCCCUCUGAGGAGCAGCAGCAGCCUUCUGUUGUAGAGGUCAUUUCCAGGUCACCCAGCUGUCUCAGUGACUUGUCCAUCAGCAGUUCCGUCUCCGAUGUCUUCGCUGACAGAUGCUAUGAAGUUUCAGAGAACGCCUCGCCGAGUGGGAAGUGGGCUUUCUGCUCCAGGGAGGAAGACUCUGCUCUGCCCUUUGUCAUGGGAAAACGAGCACGGAAAACCUGAGGAGGAAUGCUGGGAAGAGGACAGGAAAGAUCUGAGCUGAACUCUGUUAAACGCCUUUACCUUCAUUACUUUAAGCACAUUUUCAGGAUAUGGCAAGUUAUGCAAUAUAUUUUAUACAUAUGUGUCAUUUUGUAAGUAUUGAUAUCUUUAUAAGAAAUUUUUGUUUUUCAUGGACUAGUCGCUAAUUGUUCUUUACAUGUACUGUCAAGUGUACAUAUUAACAUUGUAAUAAAUAUUUCACAUUUUA